AUGUCGCUUCUGCCUCCGUUGAAGCAUACUUCCGCCGCGGUUGAAGACACUACCGCUACUCCCAGCAGAAAACGCCGAAAGAUUCGCAAAGGCACACAGAGCUGCUGGGAGUGCAAACGGCGGAAGAUCCGGUGCACGUUUGCGACUCCAGCCGAUACCACUUGCGAUGGAUGCAGGAGUCGGAGGACGAAAUGCGUCAGUCAAGAAUUUGAUGACGAGAGCGCCUUAGAGUAUCUCCACGGAAAGGGACGAAACGCAGCCGAGGAGCCGAUUGAGGGGGGUAUCGUUGACAAACCAAGGGCAGUUAGCCCGCACCAGACUGCGUGCAAGAGCCAUCAAGGUGAAUGGAAUAGUGACGCUCACGGGAUGCACUUGCCAGCUGCAACGACCAACCUGAAUCUUCCAUCAGUUGGUGACACGCCGAGUGGGCUAUCAAAAUCUCUUCUUGCCGCAUGGCCGAGUCCGAGAGAUCUUGAUAUUUUACUGGACGCUCCAAUGAGCUCUUCGGUACUCUUUCAUGGUGUCAUUUGUCGGCCAUUCUCCGAGUUGAUGUCUCAGAACAUCCUCUCACCCCGUCAGAUGCUACAGUCACCCACACAACACAUGCAUCCCAUUCUAAUUACAAGGCAACUUUUACUACUCGCUACAUUUAUUCAGGGUAUUCCGGCGGAUCAUUCUAUGCAGAUUCCUGGGUUAAGCAAGGAUGCUCGCUCUGUCAUGACCACAGCCUUCAGAGUCGCUACAAGGCUAGUGACAGAUGAUGAUGAUGCUCUUACCUCGAUUGAAGGCCUUGAAUGUAUCAUGAUGGAGAGCAUGUAUUUGAACAAUGCUGGAAACUUACGGCGAGCUUGGUUGGCAAAUAAGAGGGCAAUUUCGACGGCACAACUCUUAGGCCUACAUUCAAGCAGCAGCCCGCCAGCACCUGUCAUCGAGGAAGAAACAAGGCAUCGAGUUCGCCCAGACUAUAUGUGGGCUCGCCUAAUCAUGUCAGAUCGGUACCUUUCCCUCCUUCUUGGCCUACCUCAUGUCAUCGUAAAUGAUGAUGUCUUUGCCCUUCCAGAGGUUUUGGAACACUGUGAUGCAGUGGACCGCAUGGAACGUUUGCAAGCUGUUGUUGGCGGCCUCAUCCUGAAAAGAAACAUGAACAAAAGUAUGAAUGCUACAUCAACACAGACCAUUGACCAAAUGCUACAGGAUGCAUCCGCAGUGGCACCUUCUUGUUGGUGGCUGCCAAUCCUCGACCUCAACGCCAUGGUUGACAGCGACGCCAAGGCACUGAGGGAGGCAAUCCGUAUCAUGAGUCAUUUCACACAUCAUCAUCUUCUACUUCAGGUCCAUCUUCCGUAUUUGGCUUCAUCCCCUUACGGGGAUAAAAGAUAUGAUUAUAGCAAAAUCACAGCUGCGAAUACCAGUCGUGCAAUUCUCACUCAGUUUGUUUCCUUUCGCAAAAUCUUCACGUCGUCAGCAUAUUGCCGUGGGAUCGAUUUUAUUGCCUUCAUAGCAAGCACGGUUUUGUGUAUUUCGCAUAUUCAAUCACGACGCCGACACAAGAGUGCCGGCGUUUUCCGGUCACUUCAACAUCAGAGAUUGAGCGACCGAGCUCUUCUAGACCAAACUCUCGACAUCAUGAGAGCAAUGGCGGAGCGGACUGGUGAUUCGAUAGCUGCCAAAGUGUCUAGUAUUCUAAAUCCUCUUCUCGUCAUCGAGAACGAGUCGUUGACUGGAAGGCCAUACAGCAUCUGGACUUCCUUGGCAGAGAACAUACAGGAUGGCUCCGAUUAUCAUGCUGAAGCAAAAGAGAAUGGGCAUGCUAUUCGAAUCCAGGUUCCGUAUCUUGGAACAAUCAUGAUUGAGAACCGUCCAACCGAGGUUGAUGCUGGAGAACCUCUCCUUUUUCUUGCAACUUCUAACUCAAUUUCCACUUCACCCACUGCAUGUCAACCAGCCACGCAUCCGACUGGGUAUGAAGUCACCAACGUGUUGCCUGCCAACCCAGAUUGGCAAGCAGUCCCGUCGCAACUCUUUUCUGGCACAUCAAUUGAACCUACAGGGACUGGUACUUCGAAUGAUUCUUACCAGAAUGCCAAUUCCAACGAGGCCUUUGAUAGUUGUCUUCUAGUACCUGGACUUGACGCGAAUGUGGAAGAAUGGGCCUUACAGGGUGUUGAUCUAGCUCUCUUCAGUACACUUACACAUGAUCCUCAAAACGAUAGGGCAACUCAAGAUGGUGCUAAAUAA